CUCAGAAUGAAGACAGCUUGUCUGAUGGUUCUACAGAACCUGGCCAGACAGCCCAGGAGCACAAGCAAGAAAUAUAACAAGACUCACUAUGACCCCGAUGCUCAGAAUGCUGUUGUGUUUUGGUCUGAGUAUGGGACGCAAGACUGCAGUGCUGGCAGGAAUCCUCCAAAAGCCCACCAUCUGGGCUGAGCCGGGCCUUGUGAUUGCUCAACAUAUGCCUGUGAUUAUUUGGUGUCAGGGGUCCUGGGAGGCCCAGGAGUACUAUAUGCAUAAAGAGGGAAGCAUAGAUCCUUGGGACAGACAGUUCCCUCUGGAACAGAAGAACAAGGCUAAGUUCCACAUUGACGAAAUGUCAAAGGACUUUGCAGGGAUAUACAAGUGUUACUAUAAGAGUCCUGCUGGCUUGUCAGAGCACAGUGACACCCUUGUGCUGGUACUAACAGGAGCCUAUGAUGAACCAAGCCUGUACGUCUGGCCCAGCCCUGCUGUAACUUCAGGAGAGUGCAUAACCAUGCAGUGUAUCUCAUCACUGGGGUUUGACAGAUUCAUUCUGAUCCAGGAAGGAAAAUAUAACCUCUCAUGGACACUGGACUCACAGCAACUAACCAACAUGCUAUUUCAGGCUCAUUUUGUUCUGGGUUCUGUGACUGCUAACCACAACGGGACAUUCAGAUGCUAUGGCUGUUUUAUGAAUAAUACUCAGAUGUGGUCAACAUCAAGUAAUCCCCUUGAUAUUCAAGUCUCAGAAUCCUCAGCAUUACAGCACGAAGGUCACACAAUUGCAAACCUCAUCCAGAUGGUUGUGGCUGCCUUGGCCCUAGUGACUCUAGUGGUUCUUCUGUUAGAGGCUUGGCACAGCAAGAGAGUUGAAAAACAUGUAACCAGGAGGAAGACUUGCUAUCAGAAUGAAAGCAAACUCUCUGAUAGUUCUACAAAACAUGGUCAGACUUCCCAAGGAGAAGAAGCAAGAACAAUAGCAAGGCUCAUCAUGACACUGAUGCUCAGAAUGCUAUUGUGUAUUGGUCUGAGUGUUGGACACAAGACUACAUUACUGGCAGGAAGCCUCCCAAAGCCCAUCAUCUGGGCAGAGCCACACUCUGCGAUUGCCAUACACACACCUGUGACUAUUUGGUGCCAGGGUCCCUGGGAGGCUGUGGAGUACCUUCUGUAUAAAGAGGGAAACAAAGAUCCUUGGGACAGACAGCUUCCUCUGGAACAGAAGAACAAGGCUAAGUUUCAAUUUGAACGCAUGUUAAAGGGCUUUGCAGGAAUAUACAAGUGUUACUAUAGGAGCCCUGCUGGCUUUUCAGAGCGCAGUGACACACUGGUGCUGGUACUAACUGGAGCCUAUAUUCAACCAAGCCUCUCUGUCUGGCCCAGCUCUGCUGUGACUUCAGGAGAGUCAAUAACCAUGCAGUGUAGCUCAUCACUGGGAUUUGACAGAUUCAUUCUGAUCCAGGAAGGAAAACAUAACCUCUCAUGGACACUGGACUCACAGCAACAUGACAAGAUGUCAUUCCAGGCCCAUUUUGUUCUGGGCUCUGUGACAGCCAACCACAAUGGGACAUUCAGAUGCUAUGGCUAUUUUAAAAAUGUUCCCCAAAUAUGGUCAACAUCAAGUAAUCCCCUUGACAUUUUUGUUUCAGAACCUCCAGCCUCGCAGAACCAACAUCACAUAGUUGAAAAUCUCCUCCGGAUGUUCAUGGCUGCCUUGGUUCUAGUGACUCUAGUGAUUCUGCUGUUAGAGGCUUGGUACUGCCAGAAAAUGGGAAAAUAUUCAAUUAAGAAAUAAACAAGAAAAACCACUGCACUCCACACUUGAGAAGACUGUGGGAAUAAUUCUGGUGGUCCCAUUAACUUUUGUGAUGAAAAUUGUAUGUACAUUAAGGAACUGUACUCUGAGAUGGUCCAGGUACCAAGUAUGUUAUAGGUGCAUGGAAUUCUGGAGUUUAUGGCAAAAGCACUUUGUCUGCUCAGCUGUAUUCCUUUCCCCACACCUCAUUGUGGAUACCUGCUCACUUAGUCCUCCUCUUCUUACCUGCAUGUGUCAUGUAUGCCAUAGGCCCUUGAUUCUCUCACUUUCAAAUAUCAUUUUCCUUUACAGUGUCAGAGUCAAUAUUGUUCAUCAUGGGUUUUUACCUUUACCACUGACAGAGAGAAGACAGGCUGAAAACAAACAAAAAAUCAGCAAAGCCAUAUUCCAGAGUGAACUUAGUGGGAUGAAUAUAAUGCCCCCAAAUUCUCUGUGAAGCUUUCAGUACCUUCUGUAAUAAUUACUAGAUUGAAUUGAGGUCUCUUUUUGAAAAUUUCAUAUUUGCUUUCAAUGUAUCCUCAAUACUGUGAAAUAAA